CAGUCAAACGAAGUCAGUGGAACAAAUCUUGAUUUGCUGGCGUUGUAGUCAAACGCUUCGCGAUGUCGGUCUCGUCGAAAAUGUUAUCGGUGAACCGAGUGCACCACGCUAUAAACGAGAAACAGAUAGUGCCAAUUGAAGAAGACAUCCAGUGUAUCACAUGAACGUCGUUUUGAGUCGCCGAUGAGAUUCGCGCUUUCGUCGUGCCAAUAACAAUCGAAGAAAGUAGAUUUUAGGUGCCUUUUGCGAAUCGUGAACGAUGCUCGAACGUGCAUAAAAGGCGGUGGAUCAAUUUUCGAUCAAAAGUCUGAAAUUCGAGGGCUGUGAUUUGGCAUCGAGCGCUGGUCGCGACGUGUAUUUGUAGGAAAAGUUCUUUGCUCCAUUUGCUCCGUAAGUUUGCAAAGGUAUCGGGAAGGUGGAAUCGUUCGUAGGCCAAUGUUGAUUCGAAGCUUAAACAGAUUUUUAAUUACAAGAGAAAUUCUCCAUCUGUUUGCUGGAUAAAUCUACGAGAACGGUAAAAACAGUGCGCUUACUCCAGUGUUGGAUCGAAAUUGAAGUAAAUAUGAAAAGAAGUGUAAAAUACAGAGACAGUGUUGCUUAAGAAUUCGUAGAAUUUUUAGAAGUAAUCGUGAUUGAAGAAAGAGAAGUUUGAGAGGGAAGGCGCCGUUGCAAAGAAUCGCGAUAUCGUUGAUAAAGAAAAAAGAAAAAAAAGGCAGGAAACAAGGGAAACAUUCCGCGUGACGUAAUCAGGCCAUUUUCUCGCAAAUGAAAAGAGCAAACGUUAUUGUUAGUAGCUGAUAAGUGGAGACCACUGGCCAGGUGUUGGCUCGUAUAAGACGUCCUACAUCAUUGCUCGUACAUCAGUAGAUUCUCCAUCAUCAAACUCGACACCUAUUCACCUAACCAUUCGUUUCUUCCGCGUACAUCGCGUGUCUUCCGUUCGAACGAUAACAGGCCAUAAAACGAAACGAAAUCUUACUAAAGAACAACGUGAUUAUCCAAGAGAAAAUACAAUUUCACUUUGUUGAAGAAAUCUUCAACUCGAUUAAGACAGACAGAUCCUGUCGGGUUUAAAAGUGGAUUAGAAAGAUUUAAUGGAAUUACCAUUGGAUAAUCAGAGAGAAAUUGAUGGAUGACGUGCGCUUGGUUUUUGGGAAUCAAUUCUAAGAGCAACGGUUGAAGAGCAAAUGCGAUUGCCAGUGAGUUUUCUCAGCUGUGUUCAUAGUUGUCAAAUAGUGUACGAGAAAGGAAGUCGAUAAAAGAUAAACUCUUUUUAGUCUGAUCGUGGUUAACGAAACGAGUAACUGCGAGAUCUAAGACGAUAAGUGAAAGACUUACGUGGAACGAGAACCAAUCGUGGAACGAGACAAGAAGUAAUUGCCUUCCCUUUGAUUAAUUUCAACGCUUCGCGUUUGCAGCGAUCAUCGAAGGUUCAUUCUGCGACGUGAGAGGAUUUUUCGCGAUCGCUGAACUAUUUGACAAGAUAGUAACUUGUUAGAAUUAUCGCUGCAAUCACUGGGAAUUCAUUCCUACUAUCGUUUCCGAUAGUAGCUAUCGUGUUCGUCAAAAUCAAAGGGAAUUUUACAAUCGUCGAAUUUGUUGAAACUUAGCUUGAUAAAGAAACGGAAGAUUAUUGAAAUUAUUGCUGCGAGCAUAGAAAUUGAUACUGAUGUAAAGAUCGUCAAAUUUUCCAAGGGCCGUGCAAGGUAACAGGAAAAUCGAGAUUUUCAAAAUUAACUUUCAAGUUCGAAAUUGACAUUUGAAGCAUCUGGAAAUUAUAUUAAACCGAGCGUACACGUAGAAAUUUCUGCGCGUAUCGAUAAAUUGUACGUGUGUGUUAUCUACAAUCGCGCAAGAAACCUUAAGAUCGUGACACAGAGAAAUGUUUGUACGAUGUGAAAAAAUCCUUCCGCCACUGAUCCUUCUUCGUUCGCGAUAAGAAAUGAGAAAUUGCAGCUACGUCGAAGCGUGUCGUUUAAUAUCACGUGCGCGUGCAAUCGUAUGUCACAAAUCUGAUUAUCCGAGUGUCUAGAACCUCUUCGUCAAACUAAUAAAUCUUUCGAAUAAAACGGGAACAACGUCGUACGCUAUUGUCCUCGAAUGGAAAAUAUUGUUCGAGGUAGAGUAUUGUCCGAAUACGCGAGCUAACGCGUGUGUAUCAAAGGAAAAAAAGGAGAAGAAGAAGCAAAAAUGAACGGAGACGUUCCAAAAGAUCCAAUUUCGAGCGUGAAAUCAUCCUCGCCGGACAGAGACGAGAAACAAAAUCUGUUGCCAUCGUCGGAACAAACAACACCUGUUAUAGUAAAAAUGUCCAAGACUCCAUCGCUUAAAAGCAGAGAAAUAGUUGGUGAACUUUUGCAACGAUUGACAGUUUGUCAUGGAAAGGUUCAGGAAGGAUCACGUAAAAUGCGAAGAAAUCCAUCGAGCCGGUACAGAGCAUGGCCAACGCGGAAGCUACGUCGUCGCGCCGUGUUAAAAAACGGCGAGUGCAACGUCCUUCAGUCGCGAAUCUCCAGGCGUUCCCUGCGCUUCCUCCGGGACAUAUUCACGACCCUGGUCGACACUCAAUGGCGAUGGAUGUUGCUGUGCUUCAGUCUGAGCUUCGUGCUCUCCUGGCUAGGUUUCGCGGUCAUCUGGUGGCUCAUCGCGUUCAGCCACGGUGACUUUGAAAAGGACCACCUGCCCCCGUAUCAAAUAGACAACAACUGGACACCCUGCAUCAACAAUAUUUUCUCGUUCACGAGCUGUUUCCUGUUCAGUAUCGAGACGCAGCACACGAUCGGUUACGGAAGUCGUGUCACGACCGAGGAAUGUCCUGAGGCGAUCUUCGUUAUGUGCAUCCAGAGCAUCGUCGGUGUGAUGAUCCAGGCGUUCAUGGUGGGCAUAGUGUUCGCAAAGAUGAGCAGGCCCAAGCAGAGAACUCAAACGUUGCUAUUCUCGCGGAACGCUGUUAUCUGUCAGAGGGACGGCGAGCUCUGUUUGAUGUUCCGAGUCGGCGAUAUGAGGAAAAGUCACAUAAUAGGAGCUGCCAUUAGGGCCCAAUUGAUAAGGACCAGGACCACCAAGGAGGGCGAAGUGUUGUCACAGAACCAACAGGAGCUGGCCGUAGGCACCGAUGGUCAGAAUGGUAACCUGUUCUUCAUCUGGCCCACUACGAUCGUUCACAAAAUCAACGCGGAGUCGCCGUUUUACAACAUGUCCGCCGAGGACAUGCUGACGGAGAGGUUCGAGAUUGUGGCGAUCCUCGAGGGAACGAUAGAAUCGACAGGACAAACCACUCAGGCCAGAUCCAGUUAUUUGCCACAAGAGAUCCUCUGGGGAUACAGGUUCGAGCCCAUGGUCACGUACUCGAAAGAGAGACAGGGCUACGAAGUGGAUUACUCCUUGUUCAACAAUACCACGCAGGUCGGAACGCCUCUGUGUUCUAGUAGAGAGCUGGCGGAGUUUUACAAAAUACAAGAAGAACUUCGUCAUGGGAACGGUAUGAUAGUAGACGAGGAUUUCCUAAUGGAGUCCUGUCAGGACAGCCAGUACCACUACGGUCAUCGUCCACACCUAAAUCACCCUCAUCAUCAUCCAAACCACAAUUUAACCUACGUGGACAGCGGCAGAAGCGAAACCAGCGCCGACGAGGCGACCACCUGUCGAAAUUCUUGCAGAGACUCGACGUAUCACGGACCACCGGUUCCAAAUCGAGACCAUAGCCACUACAAGAUUCUCGAUUUAGACGCUGAUGGGAUCCAGGUGAUGGGUGACGUCGAUCUACAACACUUGCCGGAAGCGGUGAACAGGGAGAUCCUGAAGAACAGCCGCGAGAUCAUCUUCGAAGAGCCAGAAACAUCGAGAGAAGGGAGUCCGUUGUUACUAAAAUCGACUAAUCGGAAGAACACGAGACACGGUGUUCCGGACGAGGAGAAGAGAUCUUUGAACAGUUCCAAGAGGAGUCUCUAUCAUAGAAAUAUUCUUCGAGGCUUGGAAGAAGAUAAAAGAUCCCUGGAUGGGUCCAGAAGAAAUUUGAAUGGGUCCAGAAAGUAUUUAUUAAUCCCCUUGGAUAACAAGAACGCGGUGGAGACCGGGUACAGGGAGAAUUUCAUCGUUAAUAGAAAACACACGGGCAGCAGAGAGUAUUUAAACGCGACGAGGAAGGCCAUCUACGUAAAAGGAUGCAGGGAGCCCCAAGAAGUGGACGCCAGAGGAAGAUUGAACUCCAACGACGACAGGUUGAUGAUAGAAAUAGAAAAACCUUCGAAAUCGUGUCAGCCACAGGAGAUAUUAGCUAAAGACAAGAGCACUUCGCUGUCGGAUCCUGAUCUAUCGCCGAACGACUACGUUCCUGCUAUAAAGUCACCAGUUCCAUCGACUUUGUUACCAAUCUCUCCAGUAUCCGAUCUGUCGCCGGAAUCUGGCUUCUACGAUGGAAUGCAGUGGAAUUGCAGCCCGGAGUGCGUUAGAAAGGAUCUAAAAAUUCCCAACGAACCUGUGAUCGCAAGAAAUAGAAGGAGUUACGAGAAUGCGCAGCUUCAGGAUGUGAACGAGGUUUUAUCGAGACCUAACAGUGAUAAUAGCUCGUUGGAUAGCGAGGAGUCCAAGAAUUUAGUUAGUGAGAAUGGUUCUCGUAAAUUUGGCGAGAAGAAUAUUGUCGCGAAGCAGACGGUCCCUUACACGAGCGUCUGAGCAAAGUGUGCCUUUCUCUUAGUGAAACAUAUCGCUUCCAAGUGCCAGUGCAAUUGUGUUGUACAGAAUAUUGCGUUUUACGUAUUUCCAAAGCGGCAUCAGAGUCGUGAUUGGUCUUAUUCAACCCUCGAGCAUCAAUGAUAUUGGACACAGCUGCGGCUGGACGCGAGAAUCUGAACAUUUAUUCUUCGGUUCCAUCGAUCAGUUUGUUUCCUUCUUUCGGGCGAAAUACCCUUGUCCGCACUCUCCUUUUGUUUACGAUCGAACCAAUGUUAUUAGUAAAAUUCUAUAAGUAACGGUAACGAGCUUGCUUAUAGAACAAGUGAAAUUUUGCAAUUGAAUUUUACAGAUUACAAGUCGUCCGACUAUUUCGUUCGACGUGAAGCUGAACGCACGUAAUUGUAAGAAUCUAAGAAUUAAUAUUGUUAAUUGGUAAAUUAUCGUGCAAGAGAACUCUUUAUAAAAGGUAGAUAUACGAAAUAAAUUUUGACAAAUUUCUGAGGAAUUCAACAAAUUCGUGGAAUAAGAACUUUCAAUUGGUUUCGCGUAGUUCAUUGUGUUCUGAGGGUUGAGAAAGUAACCAAUGUGUUUCCGUAUAGACAUUCUUCGUGUAUGGCAGUGAUUAUACAGAAAAGUGAUAAACGACAGAGCCACAACAAACAAGCGACGACUAAGGGAUAGAAAAUAAAUCAAAAUUAUUCUCAUUUAUUUUCUAUCGUUCAGCCGUCACGUAUUUCAUCGCUGUGCUUCUUAUCGCUCACCGCUUAGCGUUUAUCACUCUUCUGUAUAGUCACGGCUUAAAACGCGUAACUUUUCCAACUAUAUAUUAUAAGUAUCUGUGAAUUUAUAUUCUAUAAAUUAAGUAGAAGAUAUGCGGACAAUUAUUUUUGCUAUUUUACGAUGUUUGUAAAUUACACUAAACCGCAGGUCGGUUAGAAGCUUCCAUGUGUAAUAAUUAAAAGAGCCAGUCAAAUUGCUCGUUGAAUUUAGUAAAAUUAAUCUUCUAGAAACGAAACGUGGAUAUAAUCGUUUUUGUUCGAACGACGAGGCUUUCGAGAACUUGGCUGAAAACGCUUCACGAGGUAGUUUCGAAAACGAAGCAUACGACGCUCUAACCAUUAAUUAUAUAAUUAACCGUCAUUUUAAUUAAAACUUGAGAACUGAAAUAUCGAAGAUCUUGGAGAUUCCAUUAAUGAAAAUUAUCAAGCAAUUCAGAAUUUAAGAUUAAGUUAUCUAAAGUCAGCAUAUUCGAUAGAUUUAGGUAUAAUGAUCGACUAGAUGUAACAAAAGUACCUAGCAAACUAUCGAAAGGUAUAUUUUUACAAUUUAGCACGCACGAACGCUAAGGUAUUAAAUUAACGAUAUUCUGACUGAAGUCAUCGAUACGUCAGUUACGUCCAUGCCUGGCAAAGCAUCAGUGUUCGAACGAAACUUCGUAGAUUUAGCGAUGCCAUUUAAUUCCUGUUAAUUCUCCCGUAAAUUCACCCAUUAAAGACCAAUUUGCCGGAUAUAGGCAAAUGAAGAAGAAAAAUCGAACGAAUCUUUGGAAUUUCAUUUCGUAACCACGACAUUAAAAAAUGGAAUUCAAUGAUUUACUUCGGUCAAAAACAAACAACAAAACAUAUAUAUAUAUAUAUACAUAUUUCAAACGAGUAGUCUUUAGUGGGUUAAUUUGACAGUUUAUGGCGAAAGGAACCGUGUUGGUUAAACAAUUCCACGUACUAUACUUCUAAUUAUAGUAGAAAAAAGGUAGCCACCAUAGCGAAGAUAAAGUGCCUUGUUUUAACUUUCUAUUUCCACGAGAGUGAGGGUAGCGAACGUUCUCACCGCCAAAACAAAUUAGCCUCGUUUAAUAUUUAUUGCUUGCAGGGUAUCCUAAGCACUAGAUCGACGUUUGUAUAUAGAAACGUUCCCAGUUAAAAAGACACUAUCGAUCGCUAGGAUAGGUUUGCACGAAAUCGACAGCCGCUUCGAGAGCUUCUCAACUAUGUGAUUCGAUCGGCACAGCGAACCAGAUCGAAUUAUUCUGAUAUUAUUUAGACGGAGUGUGCAGAGGAACCUGAAAAUGGUAGAGCUCCGAGUGUUCCUCCGGGACAUGGAUACCUGCCAUCGUGACUUCUAGCGUAAAUUGUGAAACUCUUAUUUGUAAUAAAGACCAGUCGAAAUCUA